GAGAAAAGAGACAACAAGGAAGGAAGAAUGAUGAUGAGUUGGGUGAGAGAGACAGUCCUCACUCUUCCCGGUGUUUCGUGUACCUUUCUUCUUCUUCUUCUGUUGGCUGUGAUCUUCCUCAAGAUAGUUCACAAACUAUGGUGGACUCCAACUCGAACACAGAGAUUCAUGGCUUCUCAGGGAAUCAGAGGUCCUUCUUACAGACUCAUCCAUGGAAACAACAAAGAAAUCAGCAACAUGCUAACGGAAGCCAUGAGCAGACCCAUACCGAAUUUAUCACAUGAUGUACUAUCUGCAGUUCAACCUCACAUUCACUCAUGGACCAAGAGCUAUGGGAAGAAUUAUCUACAAUGGCAUGGUCUUCAACCAGUUUUGGUCAUUACAGAACCUGAGUUAGGCAAGGAGAUUCUCAAUAACAAAUAUAGGGUUUAUACAAAACAGAAGCCCAGUAUCUAUGUGAAGAAGCUAUUGGGAGACAGCAUUUCCAUGGCAGAAGGUGAAAAAUGGUCAAAACUGAGAAAGAUUUCCAACCAUGCCUUCCAUGGAGACAGCUUAAAAAGUAUGAUUCCAGACAUGAUAGCUAGUGCUGAGACGAUGCUCGAAGGGUGGAAAAAGCAUGAAGGAAAAGAGAUUGAGGUGUAUGAACAUUUUAGGUUAUUCACUUCAGAAGUGAUUUCUAGGACAGCAUUUGGCAGCAGCUAUUUAGAAGGGAAGAAUAUUUUUGACAUGUUGAUGAAGUUAAGCUCUGUAAUAUUCAGAACUGCUCACAAACUCAGGGUUCCUGGCAUCAGCAAGUUUUAUAAAACCAGUGAUGAGAAGGAAUCAGAGAAGCUUGAGAAAGGAAUAGGAGACACCAUAAUAGAGAUUGUUAAGAAAAGAGAGAGGGAGGCAGUGACCGGAGAAGAAGGCAGCUUUGGGACUGAUUUUCUUGGAUUGCUUUUAAAGGCUCGCCAUGCUACCAAUGACAAGCAGAGGAUUUCAGUGAAUGAAUUGGUCGAGGAGUGCAAGACAUUUUACUUUGCUGGACAAGAAACGACUAACUCUUUGCUUGUUUGGACUGUCUUUCUUCUGGCCCUCCAUCCGGAAUGGCAAGAGGAAGCAAGAAAGGAGGUCCUGCAGUUAUUUGGCAAAAAAACUCCAAAUCCUGAUGGCCUUGCCAAACUAAAAACGAUGAGUAUGAUCAUCAAUGAGUCUCUGAGGCUAUAUCCUCCUGUCAUUUCCCUUGUACGAACAGUGGAUAAGGAAGUUAAAUUGGGAAACCUCAUUAUACCUGCUAAUGUUGAAUUGCUUGUCUCAAAUCUAGCACUUCAUCAUGAACCUCAGUUCUGGGGACAAGAUGUGAAACAUUUCAAACCUGAGAGAUUCUCUGAAGGUGUUGCUAGUGCUACUAACAACAACAUGGCUGCAUUCUUACCCUUUGGAAUGGGACCUAGAACUUGUGUUGGCCUCAACUUUGCCACCAUUGAAGCAAAGAUUGCUCUUUCAAUGAUUCUACAACGCUACUCCUUCACCCUUUCCCCAGCCUAUGUCCACUCGCCCUUUCAGUUUCUCACAGUUCGUCCACAGCAUGGACUUCAAGUAAUUUUACACUCAGUAUGAGUUGCGAAGACCGAAAUUUCACGUAAAAUCUUGCAUUCCAUAUAUAGGAUAUUGUAGCCUGUAAAAUGAAUAAACAUAACUAUUGGUAUUUUAACUUUCACACCAGUGGUGGCAUUUGUACCAGUUCA